AUGCGAUUUAGUGUGACUGCCACAACGGCCGUCAUCGCCUGCUCCUGUAUGGCGGCCGCAUACGUCGGCGUGCUAUACACACUUCCCUAUACGAUCCGACGGCUUCCACGUGAUCAUCCAACGCAUAUUCUAGCGCAAUUCCUGCUCAUUUGCAUCUUCUGCGCUCUCUGUCCAUUUGUUUUGGCAGUUUUCUAUGAUCAUGAUGAAGCGAGCAUGUCAUUUGCACAGUGGCUUGGCAUACGAUGGGAAGGAUUAGUAGAGUCUUUCACCAUCCCGCUAUUUGUGACGGCGGUGCUUUUCACAGGGUCACUGCUAGCCAAUGCGCUACGUCUGCUGAAUGUGUCAAAGCAGUUUCACUCGAACGGUCUGUGGUUUGCCAUAAAAAACUCGGCGCUGUAUUAUUCCGUCACACAUGAUCGACUUCCAUCAUUGCGGACUUACGUGCUGGGCCCGUUGACGGAAGAAUUUGUGUUCCGAAGCUGCACGAUCCCGCUGCUUGUGUGCGCGAACUUCACUGUCAAGCAAAUGGUUUUGGGCAGUCCACUGAUGUUCGGAGCAGCUCACUUGCACCACUUUAUGGAGUAUGUGCAACACGGUCGGUCUCCAAAGGAUGCAGCGUUGACUGUUGGCUUCCAGUUUAUUUACACUUCUCUCUUUGGAGCCUAUGCAACCUUCAUUUUCCUGAGAACAGGACACUUCGCAUCAAUAUUUCUUGUGCACGUGUUUUGCAACAUCAUGGGAUUCCCAGAUCUUUCUUUCUUUAGCCCGGAAAGCUCAUUGCACCCUUAUCGACUAGUGCUCCUCGGAGCUUAUUUUUUGGGCAUCUAUGGUUUCUCUCUCCUCCUGAUGCCGUUGACAGAGCCAGCAAUCUAUUCGUCAGAAAUGUGGAACGUGACGGUGUCUACAACAGAGCACGAACUUGUGUUCGGAUAUUCGGGAGCUCUCUGA